AUGGAUCAGACAGAGACAAAAGAGCGGAGGGACUCGGGAUCUCACGACAUCACAUCUCCGGAGAAACUCGUCUACCAAUACCAGGGCAGCGUGGAGGUUGUUAGGGCCGGAACCCUCGCAGCGCUGGUGGAAAAUCUGACGCACCACGACAAGCUCGACGGUGCCUUCAAUCGAGUCUUCCUCGCCACUUAUAAGUAUUUUACCUCUGCAGCAGAGCUUAUUGAGCUCCUCAUCGAUCGAUUCGACUGCUCGCCUCCCAAAUUAGACGCCACCCAGACGACAGAAUGGACGACCCAGAUAAAGCCACUGAUACGAUUGCGCGUGAUAAAUGUUCUGAAGCAAUGGCUUGAACAUUUCUGGUCUGAGCCAAAAGGCAUUGAUACAGAUCAAAAUUUGCGAAUACUGCAGUCAUUCGCCAAGCGCGCCACGGAUGCCACCGAGGCAAGCGCCGUACAACAACUUCUCACAGUCAUUCAGCGCCGACUUGCGGGUCUCGAGUGCCACAAAAGAUCGCUAUCAUCAAUAUCCAACCCACCAAAACCUAUUCUACCACGCAAAUUAAACAAACUCCAAUUCCUCAAAAUCGAUGCAACGGAAAUUGCGCGGCAGCUGACUAUCAUGGAAGCACAUAUGUUCGGCAAAGUACAACGAGAUGAAUUGCUAAACAAAAACUGGCAAAUGAAGGACAGCUCCAAUACGCCCGAGCUAGCUCCAAACAUCAGAGCCUUGAUUCGGUAUUCCAAUCAGCUCUCUAAUUGGGUCGGCACCCUAAUACUCGCAGAAUCGGAUGUGAAAAAACGGACCCAAGUGAUAGGGCAUUUGGUCAAUGUGGCCAAUACAUGUCACCAACUCCGUAAUUACUCCGCGGUAAUCUCUAUCCUGGCAGGCAUGGAAAGCGCACCCAUCUACCGGCUUGCCCGCACGUGGGCAAUGGUUACCGAACGUAGUUGCAAUACUCUAAGGCCCCUGCAAGCUAUGACAUGCAGCGCACACAAUUACCAGGCCUACCGUGACACGUUACGGGUUGCAAUGGCACCGUGCGUGCCUUUCCUUGGAUUGUUCUUGAAAGACUUGACAUUUAUCGAAGACGGAAACCCAGCCAUGACACCGGAAGGGCUCAUCAAUUUCCAAAAAUAUACUAUGCUAGCGUCAACCAUCCAUGAGAUUCAGCGUUUAAAAGAAGCCCCUUACUCGUUACGACCCGUGCCUGAGUUGCAGGAAUAUCUUGCAACUCAGUUGCAAUCCGCUGUUGAUUUACAAAACAUGUGGGACAAAAGUUGUCAGCUGGAAGCUCGAGGCCGGGAUCUUGGAAAUAGACCCCGGGAUUUAUAUACCCCCACAGGAGGCAUGUUCGCGUCUAUGGUAGUCGCGUGCAUGGUCCUGGAUGAUUGA